UCGCCGCCACUACACGCCACCGACAGUUCACAGCGGACCGUACUUCACGACGCACUGCUGCUGCAGCUGUCGAUCAUUGCACUCUGCCGUCGCCUCUACCACCACCAUCUCCACCACUACUAACUACUACUACUACUACUACUACUACUAUUAUUACCACCUGAGUAGUAGGCGUUGCAGCAGUAGCCGACGUGUCUCGGUAUCGUCCGCGUGCGGAUAACAUUAAUAAAAAAUAGACAUCACUCCGCUCUGGGACGCAUAAGUUUUUUUUUUUUUCAUUCAAUUCGAGGCUUAUCCCCCAACGCUCCAACUGUCCCAAGUCCCGACCCUCCCGAGACCCGAGUCCCCGCACGCAUCACGUCCGUUUUUUCUCUUGACCGUGUCGCCGCAAAACUGGUAACAAUUUCGCACCGCCACAGCUACCCGACGUAGUAGUAGCCACGGCACCCAAACGACCGCCGCCGUACCGCACGACCGCCGGCCGCAGCCGCCGCCACUGCUGCACCACUGCAGCGCGCCUUAACGACGACGGACAACCGCACAGCUGCACCAGACCGCACCAGACGCACCGCUAUGUCGCAUCAUUUCGCCGCCGACGGAGACGUCACUGGAGUGCCCCUCAAGUCGACGGUCGGGGUGGGUAUACCUGUCUCGGCCGAAGAUAUAAUCCUACAGACUUUCGACAAUGAUGACAGAAAACUGCAGGUGUGCGGGUCCAUGCGACCGAUUAUUACAGAAUUGGAUAACAACAAAAAGGGAUGUAUUCGAACAGAUGUUGCCGAUCUUGUUAUGGUCAAAUACAAAUGUUCAUCAAACGGAGUACCUAUAACACAAACCAAUGGCUCAACACUUCCGCUGGUUCCAAGUACAAGCAAAGAUGCCGAGUUUGGUGGCUACAAUCCAUUCGAUCAUCGAACAGUCCAAUAUCCGACCACAGAUAUGGAAACAUUUAUACAUUUGCUGAAAGGAAGUCUGGGUUCAGGCAUAUUGGCCAUGCCUUUAGCUUUUAUGAACGCUGGACUAGUAUUUGGGCUUGUCGCAACCGCUGUAAUUGGAUUCGUUUGUACAUAUUGUGUCCACAUACUGGUAAAAUCUUCUCAUAAACUGUGUCGUAGAAUGCAAGUACCAGCAUUGGGAUUUGCUGAUGUUGCAGAAGUUGCCUUCCUCGCUGGGCCUCCAGCUUUCCAUAAAUUUUCAGGUCUUUUCAGAGGCCUCGUUAACACGUUCCUAACCAUUGAUUUGCUUGGUUGCUGUUGUGUUUAUAUUGUUUUUGUUGCAAAAAAUAUAAAACAGGUUAUGGAUGAAUAUGUUUUAGAAUUAAAUGUUAGAUGGUACAUGUUGAUGAUGUUGCCUUUGGUAAUCGCCAUGAAUUUAAUACGUAAUCUAAAGUAUCUGGCUCCAUUUUCAAUGAUUGCAAACUUUUUGGUUGGUAUUUGCAUGACCAUUACAUUCUGGUACGUGUUUCAAGAUGUGCCAUCCACAAAAACUGUACCGUAUAUUACAGAUUGGCACAAAUGGCCACUUUUCUUUGGCACUGCAAUCUUUGCAUUGGAAGGAAUUGGUGUUGUAAUGCCAUUGGAAAACAACAUGAAAACACCACAACAUUUUAUUGGUUGUCCCAGCGUGCUCAACAUUGGCAUGUCCAUUGUUGUGGUUUUGUACUCUACCGUUGGAUUGUUUGGUUUCCUCAAGUAUGGUGAUAAGACUGAAGGCAGCAUAACGUUGAAUUUACCAAAAGAUCAAUUAUUAGCGCAAUCCGUAAAGGUCAUGAUAGCCGUGGCCAUUUUCCUUACAUACAGUCUUCAGUUUUAUGUACCUUUUGAGAUUAUCUGGAAAGGCACUAAGCACCGGUUUACAUCACACCCUGUUCUUUUUGAAUAUUUGCUCAGAGUGUUUUUAGUCGUGUGCACGGUUUGUGUUGCAAUUGCUUGUCCUAACCUGGGCCCAGUCAUAUCGCUCGUCGGAGCACUGUGUCUGUCAUUUUUGGGUCUAAUCUUGCCAAGCUGUAUCGAUCUAGUUACAUGCUGGGAAGAACCUGGAUUAGGCAGAGGAUACUGGCGUCUGUGGAAAAACUUGGCCAUUAUAAUGUUUGGCAUUUUGGGAUUAGUUACUGGUGUUUACUCUAGCGUACUCGACAUCAUCGUACAGUUCAAUCAGUGAGCGUGCACACAAGUAAUGAUUUCAAUUACAAAAGGACAGCAGCGACACAACUCUCAUACAGACAGAACAGCAAUAUUAGCGUUGUCAAUUACAGCUUUAGUGUCCAGUAAAAUUGUUUUUUAACAAAAAAAAAAAAAAC